UUUCAGAAAUUUGUGAAUUUUUAAUAAAACAAGAAAACAAAUAUAGAAAUUUGUGAUAAGAAAUUUUUAAAAGAAUUUAGAAUUUAUCAAAGAAAUGGACGUGACAACAAGAAUUGAAGAAGAAAAUCGAGUUGUACCUACAGAGUUAAAACAUGAAAUACUACCAACUCUUUCUGAUGUUGACUCAACAGAUGAUGAACUGGAAGGUCUUAAUACCUUUAGUAUGGAUGCAGCUAAAACGGAUAUCUACGAAUUACAAGGAUGUCACAAGAUAAUGCUAAAAUUGAAAGUUCAAAAGCAACUCGGUCUCGAAGUUGGCAUCAAUGUGAGCCAAGAGUUUCCCUGGAAGCGCAUCAAAUUCAGCCUAUUAAGCCAACAUCUAUUUGACGAAAUCGAUAAUGGUGAAAUGCUUCAAGAAUUCUUUGUCAACUAUAACCCAGAUGAUAAAGUUCUACUUGGUUAUGCUCCAUCAUUCAUGCAACAAGAACAAAAAAAAGAAGGUACUACCCAAGUAGUCGAUGGUGAUGAGGAUCCUUUUGUUAUUUACGUCUCUGAAGAUGAUGCACGUUCAGCUGCAGCAAUCAUAAAAAACAUUGAAACCUAUGAACGUUUUAUGAUGAAUAAGAAAUUAAUCAAACGACCACGUAAAUGGAUUAGCAAAGGAAGUGAAUAUGAAGUUAAUUUGGGCAUUCCACCACAAAAAUCUGAAGUUGCCGACGUGGAAAUUCAAACAGUCUAUCCAAUGAGACAGUCAAGGGUAAAAUUUGAAAUGCGACUUACAUCCGAUGUUCGUGAUGGUUAUGCUGAACUGAUUGCUGGCGAUGCUAGAUUUCAAAAUGUAACACAGCAAAGGGUAAAUGUUGGUGUACAAUCUGCCCCAGCAACUGUGACACUGGAACAGCAAACUGAUCCAACAUUUCCAUCGAAUGCAUGGUCUCAGUAUCUGUAUGAAAUUAAAGAAGAACAAGAUGGCUUAGACGAGUCAUCCGAGGAAGAACAAGAAAAAGGAAAAUCUGCUGCAACUAGUAAGACUGUAACUCCAUCAACAGAGGCUGAAAAAGAACCUAAACCGCCACCGGAAAUGUCCGAGCAGAUAAAGUAUCUGUUAAGUGUACUAGAAUUUAACCAAAUUGAUAUGUACAGAAACGACUAUCCAAAAAUAUCAACAGCUCCAAUUCAAAUAUUUACCAACCCUUACCUUGAAGAGAUAUUUUGUUUUGCUAACAUUUCUAAAAGCCAUCAACGAUAUGUAUCCGCAGUUGAUUGGUAUCCCCAUUUGACUGGAAUAGUUGUUUCAAGUUACACUUUCACAACUAGAGUAACUCAAAAUAAAGUUCAACCUAAAGAAAAAAUCGAUCCCGUCCAAAGAUCAAUUCUUCAACCCAACCCAGUUUUAAUGUGGAGUUUUACCGACAGUUUAAAUUUCAAAUUAGAAUUUGAAGCACCUCGUGAAAUAACUGCUCUAUCAUUUUGUCCAUAUGACAAAAAUAUUCUUAUUGGUGGAACAAUUAAUGGACAAAUAAUCAUUUGGGAUUUGCAAGAUCGCACAAAAAAUCUUGAAGCUGAAGAGCAUCUCACAAUUCAGGAAGCAAGCAAUCGUGAACAUAUCAGUGAGUUUCUAGCUUGGACCAUUCAAUAUGAUGAAGGAUCAUGGGUAUUUCCAGCUGCUGUCAGUGCUCUUGAUGGUUCACAAACUGAUGCUGUCACUGAAAUUAAAUGGUUAAGUCGUAAUCAUUAUAUUUCUUCAAAUGGCAGAAUUCAUGAAAACUAUUUAAAAACAAAAAGUCGAUAUUUUUCCACACUUUCAUUGGAUGGCUCUGUAGCAUAUUGGAAUUUAGAUUAUGAUAUGGGUAAUAUUGCCAAAGCAGCUAGUAGCAAGAGACAGCUCCCUCUAGCGUUAACACAAAAUGAAUCGGUUUAUAAGAAAUUGGACAAAUGCAUAAAACCUAUUUUCGUGGCGACAUAUUCUGAAGCCUUGACAUCAAUUGUUUGUGAUGUUGCUAACUUCACGUACACUCCUCAGAUAGUUGAUAGCCAUCCUACCAAUUUCGAGGGUAAAACUUUCCUAAUAGAUGUCACCGAGGCAGAUGAUCAAAGUGCAGUCCGGAACACUUUUAUUGUUGGAUCUUUUUUUGGACGAAUCGAUUGUUUAACCUUUGAAGGAAAUGAACCCGGUUCAGAGAUCAAUAAGGAGAAUAUAACAUCUCCAACAUACAGUUUUGCAAGGGUUCAUGACGGCCCCAUAGUUGCUUUGAAGAAAAAUCCAUAUUAUCCAGAGAUAUUUGUAUCGAUUGGCAGACAUGUUAUGGCCAUAUGGCGGGAAGAUUUUCAUUUUACUCCAAUUUUAUGGCGAGUUAGACCGAAAAUCCUAACAGCUGUUGAAUGGAGUACUGAUAGGCCAGCUGUUUUGUAUUUAACUCGAAGUGAUGGAAGUUUUGAAGCUUGGGAUUUAUUAGCUAGAGAUGAUGAUGCAUGUUUAGUUGAAGUAUUAGGUGGUGGUAUUAUAACAGCUUUAUCGGAGCAUCGAUCUGCAAUUCCGAAAAAAGUUAUAAGCAUUGGAGAUUAUGAUAGCAGUUUUAGAAUGGUGGCUUUACCUGAAAGUUUUUAUAAGCCAGUUCCUAACGAGUUGGAGCAACUACAAAAUUUUGUCGAAAAAGAAGUAUCUCGGAAGAAAGCAAUUCAAAGUUGGCAACAAAACUGGUGCACCCAAAAUGCUGAUAUAAUAGAGGAGAAGAAAAAAAUGAAGGCGGCUGCAGCAAAAGAUCUAGAACGUUUACGUUUGGAGGCUGAAGAUGCGAAGAAGUUAGCUCAAACUCCCGAAGACAAAAAGGAACAAACCAUCACAAAAUCAGCCACUCAUUAUGAUUUUGAAGAAAAACUUGACAAGAAAUGGGAUGAACUUAACCUCAAACGUCUGAUUCGUAAUUUAAUGGCUCGAAAAAUGGUUGAUCCGGAAAAACUUGAUCGCGAAACAGCUUUGGAAAAAGAACGUCUUCGUUAUGAGGAACGAAAAAAGGCUUCUAUUAAUGAAGCUAUAUCAAAAGUUAGCGAAGAAAUUGCUGUAAUACGUGCAAGACUUCUUCCAAUCGAAAAAGAAGACAUUCAACUUUCGGAUACAAUUGCAGCUUCUCUUAAGAACAUUUUUGAAAUUGCUCCAAGUUAUGCUGAUGUAGAAUCAGAAGCAAAAACGUUUCUUGAUGAAACUCCACCGAUUCCAGUAAUAUCUUAUGACACUAUCAUGGCUCGAUGCAGAGAAAGACGUCAGCUUUUGAAUAAGGUUUUAGGUGUACCAUUUGAUCGUACCUAUCACUGUGAACAAGAACAAAAAUCAGGAGGUUUUAAAGAAUGGAAUCAUGGUUAUGAUGAAUUUAUUCGAACUUUAGAAGAAGAAAAAAGGAAGAAUACAAAACCUAGUGAUUCUUCUUUACCUCAGGCGUCAUACAGUGAUUUAGACUUGAUUCCUCAGAGAGAUUUGGAAGUAUUAUAAUUUCUUUGUUUUUUAUUUACUGCAGAUCUAAUAAAUUACUAUAUCACGUAAUCGAUAUUAAUUUA